GUAACAACACCAUCUGCCCAGGUUUCGACCAGGUUUCGCCUCGGUGUCAUUGCAUUUCGAGACGACAAUAUCUCGCUCCUGCCCGAACAACGGUCCUGAUCACUAUUUCGGUUCCUCGCCAUCGGGAAAAGCCCAAACCGUAGUGCCACUCUUUUUCCUCGAUCCUUGACCAGCGCUUCCAUCAUGCAACCCGUGGUCAAUGUCCUUUUGGACACUUUCCCAGGCCUCGCACUCCCACCUACGCUAUGUAUACCUCUACCAGCCUCGUCCUCUACUUCGGAAUUGCUGUCAACAAUCAUCAACUUGUUGCCAUCAAGUCUACCUCCGGCCCGCCUGCUUCUCACGUCUACCGCGAGCCACCCGAUCUAUGCAUCUGAUACCACAACAUUAGCAGAUAUUGCUCUGCAUCAAACAUGUCGCAGCGACGGAGAAUCUACGAUGUUGCCCCUCAGACUAUCCGCCCCAUUAGUCGGGGGAAAGGGUGGCUUUGGUUCCCAACUUAGGGCCGCAGGUGGACGCAUGUCCUCUCGCAAAAAACGUCAAAAUGCAGAACUUGCCACUGGCAGCGCCCGAAAUCUGGACGGGCGGAGGCUACGGACAAUAACAGAGGCCAAGAAUCUGGCAACUUAUCUUGCCACCAAACCGGACAUGGACAAGAAAGAGAAGGAAGAGAGACGGAAGAAAUGGGAACAGGUUAUUGAAUUGGCCGAGCAGCGAGAGGCAGAUAUGCGUGCCGGUAAGGGCGUAGAUGGUCGGCGAAAAGGGUUGAGUGACGAGUGGGUGGAAGAAAAGGAGGAGAUUGGUGAAAACGUGAGGAAUGCCGUCAAGAUGGCUAUGAUGGCGGCUCAGGAAAAGGACACCAACGCUACAUCUGCAGGCGAGAGCAGUGGAAGUGGCGGGUCUGCGUCAGGGAGUGAGGCAGAUAGCGACGCAGAUGAUGUAAUGGAGCUUGAUGAAGACGAGAUGGCCAGACUCAGAAUGGAAGCCGAAGGGGGCGAUGCAGAUGCACUGUGGGUGCUCCAGCAUCAGCUGAAGAUACCAUCACACCUCCUGCCCAAGCCCAGACAACCUGUAAGACGAUUCGCAGGAUUCGACGAAGAGGACGAGUUGACGAGCAGUGAUGAGGACGAAGGUGCCGAAGAGGAGACGGGGGGAAAGGGUAAACAAAAGAUCACCGUCUAGGUAUCGUAAUGCAUAGUAACUUCGCAGAC